UUUGUUCUAGUAGUUUCAGUUUCACUUUCACACCUACAUUUUUCAUUUCUCAUCAAAACAGUUACAAGAAAAUAGGGUUUUUCAUCACCUAACCAACUAAUCAGAGGCUUCAUCAUUAUGGUCAGCACAGGAGAGCUUUUAUCAAUUUCUCAGUCCUCCGUUUUGCUUCCACGAUCUCGUUCCCGAGCUUGGAUUCAAGGGCAGAGUCGUGUCCCGUGCUAUAAAGCUCUUAAAACAGCUUCAAGUAACAGUACCCGUGCCUUGGCGUUGACAGUUACAUCAAAUUAUUUAACUAACGGGCCAAUUAGCAAUAAUCAACGGUCCAGAAAACGGAUUUCAACUGUGAUAAGAGGAAGUGUAGUCCCUGAAAAAUUGCCAACUGCUUUUUCUGCUGAUUUUGUAGAAGGAACUGAAACCCAACUUGAUAAUAGCGGUGGUGGUGGUGGUGACAUUGGUGGUAGUGAAGGAAACAACUGGGGAGGAAGUGGAGGUGGUGGAGACGGUGAAGGACCAUCUGACGACAGUGGGAAAGAACCAAAAAAGAGUGGCAUGUCAAUGUCUCAGAAGCUUACGUUAGGCUAUGCCGCCUUAGUGGGGUUGGGCGGAUUGAUGGGUUAUUUGAAAAGUGGCAGCCAGAAAUCUUUACUUUCUGGUGGAAUAUCGGCUGCAUUAUUGUACUAUGUUUACACACAGCUUCCUGUGAAUCCUGUGUUUGCAUCGUGUAUUGGACUUGGUUUGUCUGCUGCUCUUUUGGGGGUGAUGGGUACACGUUUUAAGAAUUCUGGUAAAGUUUUUCCUGCUGGUGUGGUUUCCCUUGUUUCACUUAUUAUGACUGGAGGGUACCUACACGGCGUCAUGCGCAGUUUCCAUUAAUGGUCCUGAAGUCUGUAAGUCCUUAGUAUCUUUCUACUUUUGACUUCGUUAAUGUGUGUUUAAUAAAUAGCGACAUACUGCGGAUGUUUUUAUAGAACUUGUUGUGUUUGUGGAAUAGUGUAGUUUGAAGAAGUUUUGUAGUUUA